AUGGGAAAACAUCUCAAACCCGGCUUCAAGUCUGACGAGCAGCGACGGCUCGUCCUUGGGGGUGCUGGUGGUAUCGGAAAGACGCAGCUUGCCAUUGCUUACGCGAAGAUGCACCAUACCCACUACGACUCUGUCUUCUGGCUCGAUGCACGUUCCGAGGCCUCGGUAAACGCAAGUCUGCGGUCAAUCGCAGAAUUGGCCUUUGAGCUACAUGCGCCCGACAAGCUCAAGCACGAAGAAGCUUUGAUCCGCACACGGCAGUGGUUGUCUGACUCGAAGAAUACACAGUGGCUUCUGAUUUUCGACAAUUAUGAUGAUCCAGAGCAAUUCGUGGUUGAGACGUACUUUCCGCAUGCUUCUCACGGGGCCAUUAUUAUCACCACCAGGCGGCCCGACCUUACUGGUGGCACCUACCUCCGGGUGCAGCCCCUGAAAAGUAUCAAGGAGGGCCUUUUCAUCCUACAAUCUCGAUCUAACCGUCAAGGGGUUACAGAUGAUCCCCAUGCAAAGCGGUUAGCUGAGCGAUUCGCCGGCCAUCCGUUAGCCCUAGCAACGGCGGGUGCAUUUCUUCACUACAGCACCCUGACCUUUGAGCGGUACCUUCAGGAAUAUGAGCGCCGCUGGGCCAUAGAUCCUCGGCGACAAUAUAGGCUUAAAGAGUAUGGAGAUCGUACUCUCUAUACGACCUGGGAUCUAUCAUAUUCUCGGCUUGAAGAAGAAGACUCUGAUGCUGCGCGACUGCUAACACUGCUAGCCUACUUUGACAACCAGAGCCUGGAGUAUAAGCUAUUUCAUGCGGGGCUCACUGAUACCGCACCAGAGGGGCUUCACAGAGUGAUAUCUGAUGAUUUGAACUUCAACAACGCUAUGGCCACUCUGACCAGAUAUUGCUUCCUGGACAUCCACCAAACACUGGGAUAUUGGAGCAUGCAGAAUUGCGUCCACGACUGGACCUUGGCCGUACUCAACCAGGAUAUCCGUCCAGAGUACUACAGCUAUGCAACCAACUGUGUCGUUGUCACCAUCACCGGGAUCGAUGAACAUUCCCUACGAAAUGCCGCUUAUGCUCCUUUGGCUGGCCACGCUCAAUGGCUGGUCCAACAGAGAUUCCUCGAGAAUGCCAGCAUCCUCGCCCAUGCGCCUCACAGCUUCCACCAGAUAUCCUGUCUUUCCGGAUUACUCUACAAACAGGAUCGGUUCAUAGCUGCGGAGCGGGCUUACGUAUGGGCAUUGGCAAGGUACGGCCAGACGCUGCAGGUCCAUGGGGUGUCCCUGCUGCAGACAAUGCACAAUUUGGCCUCAGUCUAUCACAGCCAAGGCAAGCUACACGAGGCAGAGGAUCUAUAUGGAAAGGUGCUGCUCAUCAAGCUGGAUGUGCUAGGCGAGGACAAUGAAUCUACCCUCCACACUUUACACAACCUCGGCGCCUUGAACCACCAAAUGGGCAGGGCUCCCGUAGCAAUGGAAAUCCUACAGAGGGCUUUGACAGGCAGGGAGAAGGUCUUGGGCGAAAGCGCCAUCUCGACGCUGGACACCGUCAAUGCGAUCGGCGACGUGAACCAUGAUCUUGGACGCCUGAAGGAGGCAGAGUCAAUGUACCGACGGGCACUAGACGGGCAAAUCCAGGUCCUCGGCGCGAAGCACCCGUCUACCCUCAGCACACUAAGAGACCUAGCAGGUCUCUCUACCGACAUGGGCGCCUUUGACGAUUCAGAGAAACUGCAUAAAGUGGCCCUCAUCGCCUACUCUGAGGUGGUUGGAGAGGAGCAUCCGUCGAUUCUCAACGUUUUCAACAGUCUGGGAAACCUAUACAAAGCCCAGGGUAAAUUUGGUGAUGCGGAGAGGAUGUAUCACCUGGCACUCGCAGGACUCCGGGAAGCCCUGGGACCAAACCACAUAUCAUGUCUGCACAUCCUGGGCAAUCUCGGGAAUCUCUAUGGCCAGCUGGCCAAGUUUGAUGAUGCAGAGCGCAUGCACACCAAGGCACUCGUUGGGUUUCGACAAGCGGUUGGAGAACAUUCUCUAUCUACUAUAAAUACCUACUCAGCGCUUGGAGAGGUUUAUCUUGGUCAACGCAAUGCUGUAAAAGCGGAAGAAAUGUACCUACGGGCGCUAGAUGGCUACACAAGAACACGAGGCGCGGACAACCCAUCAACACUAUCUAUCGCCCUCAAGCUUGGUGCUAUAUAUGGUGAAUUAGAAAUGACCAGCCAGGCCGAGACGUUCUUACUGCAAGCAAGAGACGGCUUUGAAAGGACCUUGGGAGACGACCAUUUCCUGACAUUGAAUGCUGUCUUUAACCUCGGCCAUGUGUACACGGAGCAACACCGGUUGGACGAAGCUGAAACAAUGUACACACGGGCAUUUUACGGCUAUGAACGAAUGUUUGGGAAGAGUCAUACGUAUACGGCUGAUACUGCGACGUAUCUCCUUGAGCUAUAUACUCAGCAAGGCAGGCUCAAUGAUGCGAAGCGAAUCAGUCUGCGCCAGAGUCGGGGGAAGGAUGAUGCAGAGCGUUCCGGGGACUCAUCAGGCUCAAUCACAGAACCAGCAUUCGCACCACCUGGACUCAGAAUGCUUUGA